UGUAUUCACUAUUCAUUGUAUAUUUUCAAAAAUUUCUGUGACUCAACAUUUUUUUUUUCUUGGUAAUUAGUCCGUGGUGAUCAUUGGUUGGUUGGUGUACGUUAAAAGUUAGGCUGUCAAACAUCUUGCUUAAUGUCUUAUUGCACUUUUACAAGAUCCAACCUUAUCACUGUCGUGUUACGCACUAAUACACUUUAAGUCAUUGUAAAAACUGUUCGUCAUUCAAUACUCAGUGUUAAUUGAUUAUUCACAACACAAACUAUUAUGAUAGAUAACGAUAUUUUGAUGCCCCACUCUUUUUUUUUUGAUGGGCCCCACUCUUUCAUUUCUUGGAAUUGUUAAUUCUUGAGAAUAAAUACAGUUAGCAAAGACUUUGGAGCUCAGUUUGAAAUCUGUUACAUCGAAAAAAUGUCGCCCUCAUCAUCCAAAGAAUCGGAACCAGAAAAUUCAGAGACAAGUCGAAAAGCAGAUCACAAUUCAAUUGAGAGUUGGAAAAAUUCUACAAGGGAAGAUGAGCAAAUUUACUUGGCUGCGUGUUCAGGAGAGGCGGAUAGAAUCUUUGGUGCAAUUAGGUAUCUAGUUGCCGAAAGCAGUUUCAGUAUUACUGAAAUCAUAAUUCUUUUGAGCUAUCGCAUUGUUCGUUUCCAAGUACGAAUCAUGGAAUUGCUCAAUUUAACAAAUUCGGUAGAGAGUCUGAAUGAGGUCAUGCGGUAUGAAAUGCAAUAUCACGGACCAGAUAUGUUGAAAGGGAUUAUUCUUUUUAUUACUGCCAUCGAAAGACCAGAUAGGAUUAAUCUGAUCAGUUCGCUUUUAGAUUUAGGUUGCAAUAUUAACACUAAAGACAUAAAAGCACGGAAUAUCCUACAUCGAUUAGUACGUAAGAAUUCAUCAUCGGGACCUUAUUUACAAGUUGCAGAGCUGUUGAUUCGAAGAGGCAUUGACAUCAACUCGAAAAAUAAGAAUGACGAGACGCCUUUAGAAUAUGCUGUUAUAUUUGAAAAUUUAGAAAUGCUGCGUUUGCUUCUGAGAUGUGGAGCAACAGUAAGGGUUUCUGAAUUUUACAUGAAUUUUGCACAUUUCGCAUUUGUGAGAGGCAGCGCAAUAUGUUUCCAAGCCAUUAUUAAAUUCUAUCUAUUCAGGAAAAUUCAAGGAAAGGAUGUGGAGGACCAUAUUUUGGAUUUUAUCAAAACAGAGGAGGUUAGCGAACAUUACAACCUUUGUUUGCAGGAAAUAGAAUACCUGAAACAAAAUAUUGUUGAUACUAAUGUGUCGCUGUACGACAUUCUCUUCAAACCGAACACAAAUGUGGUUAAGUACUUGAGGAACAAGGACGUUUUGUCGGAGAUCCAGAGAAAUAUCAUGGAAAAAUCUGAGUUUAGUUACGACCUUGCAGAAAUUCUGAAUGAGGCUUUAAUCAGAAGGGAUCUUGAAGAUUCUUCUUUAGUUGCAUUCAAACACAUCUUAAAAUUACCUGAAUUGGUUUCAGAAAAAAUUAUGUCUCAUCUCGACAACGAUGAACUAAAAAGUUUUUCAAGUGCUAUGGGAACUUUGACUCAAACCAAGGAUUGAGAGCGCUAAUGCCAAGUUGUAGGUAAAUUAUUUACGCAUAAUUCAAAUCAAUAAAGCUGAAGAAAUAACAAUUCAAAACAAAUUUGAUAAA